GCGAAUCAUUAAACGAUGCAAGUCAGUUUUUAAACAAUUUUUCAUUUAUAAAUAUUUAUACGAUUUUACGUUAACUACUUUUCAAGUGUCAGGCUGAGCAAAUAUCCGAAGGACCAUAUACUUGAAUAUUUCAAGUAGCAACAGAUCUAUUAAGACUUUAAUUCUUGACCAAAAUGUUUAUGCACGAUGAGUCUAACAGGAAUGUAGUAUAUUAUAAAAGGCUGUGCUAUAAAAGACUCAAUAUAAUCAGUAACAAUUACUUAUUUGCGAUAUGGGGACUGGUAAUGCAUUUGAUAUUAUUAUGGGGUGUACUCAAUGCCAAUUUCCAUUCCCCGAUUGUCCAAGGAUUGCCAAAUGUACCUGUUUUACAAAACGCACCUGCCAAGAGAUUGGUCUUGUUUGUAGCAGAUGGUUUGCGAUUCAGAACUUUCAUUGACUCACUGCCAGACUUUCUCAACGAUGUCAUGAUGCAUAAAGGCACAUGGGGUGUGUCUCACACAAGAAUGCCGACAGAGUCUAGACCAGGCAUUGUUGCAAUUUGCGCAGGAUUGUACGAAGAUCCUAGUGCCAUAUUUAAAGGAUGGAAAGAGAAUCCUGUCGAUUUUGACUCUAUUUUCAAUCAAAGUCAUCGUUCAUGGGCCUGGGGAAGCCCUGACAUUAUUUCGAUAUUUACGAAAGGAGCGCUUUUGGAAAACAUACAAGGGUAUAGCUAUCCUGCCGAAUGGCAGAAUUUUGAUAUAGCUCACGGACAGAUUUGGCGCUUAGAUUCUUGGGUAUUCGAUAAGUACGUCGACUGGCUUAGAGCAGAGGCUCACAAAGUUAAAGAUACCGAGCGCAUCGUUUUAUUCCUUCACCUUCUUGGAUGUGACACGACUGGCCACGCAGCUAAACCCUACUCUAAAGAAUAUGUUGAUAAUAUGAAUUAUGUUGAUCGGAAAAUAAAAGGAGUUGUUCGAAUGACGGAAGAGUUUUUCGGGGACAACGCAACUGCUUACAUUUUCACAUCUGAUCACGGGAUGACUGAUUGGGGUUCGCAUGGGAGCGGUUCUACGGAUGAGACCGAAACACCGUUUAUUGCCUGGGGCGCAGGUAUCGGCGCGCAAAAUAUUCGUCAAGAUAUAGAACAAGUCGACGUUACACCAUUAAUUUCGUCUUUAAUCGGUGCUCCGAUUCCAGCUAACAACGAAGGUGUUGUACCGUGGCACUAUUUAAACGCUACUGAUAUCAAGUACGUGAAUCGUGCGCUAUUCAAUAAUUUGAAACAGUUAAAUUUUCAAGUGAAAGCGAUGAAAGAAAUGAGCUGCAAGGAUAGGAGAUACGCGGAUAAGCGAGAACAGGAAGUAGAUAAGAAAAUUUCUCAUUUGUACAAGUACGUUGAGACAGGUAUUCCGGACGAGAACUUAAAUGAAAUAGUAGAUACGAUUAAAUCAGCUAAAGACGUAUUGAAGUAUUAUCGGCAGUACCAAAGGACGCAGUUCUUAUUAUAUUUAUCUAUGAUGUGGAUAGGAUGGAUAAUAGUGUUGUUCAUGAAGAUGUCUUGUGCUAAACAAUCUUCUGUUCAGUACGGCUAUGUAUUUCUAACAGACGUUUUAUUCUUUUUUUCAAUAAUUUUGAUACCUGCUAUGCACAAAAUUACAGGUUGCAACAGUUGGAGAUUACCGAUUUAUGUACUUUUUGCAAUAUUCUCUUUUUGGCAAGUGAUUCGCAGCGCGCUCGUAUACUCAGUAAAACUGAAGCUUUAUAAUACCAAGUAUUAUUGGAUAAUAAUGACAGAGAUAGUUUUGUUAUUAGGAACGAUGUUCAUUGGAUUAACAUAUAGACCUGUCUUUGGCAUAGGAAUGUUAUGUGUUAUCCUUGCCCAUGAAAUAGUAUUAAAGAAUUCUGUAAGUCUAUUUCUUUGGACAGCUUUAUGUCUAGUUGCGUUCCCGUUUCUACCUGUUGUAGAACCGUAUCCUCGAGUGUACAUUGUGCUCUCAAGCAUAUGCGUCGCAAUUGUAACAGUUGUAUUGAAAUGGCAAUCAAAAUGUCGAAAAAUAAUCGAAAUAUUCAGACUUGCGGUCACGGGAUUGAUAUAUUUGGAAUUCAUAGACGGCCGAAGUUGGGCGUCGUGGGCAAUUUUGUUAACGACACCGUUAGACAUUUUCACUUAUUCCACGCGAUUAAAAAUAAGAAUGCAAGGAAUCAUUCUGGGUUUAUUUUGCCCACUCGUUCUGUUAUCAGCUUCUUAUGAACCGUUCUUUUUCUUGAUAUUCGCGUGCCAUUUAUACUGUUGGCCACAAACUAUCACGGUUCAAACUGAUCAAAGUAUUAAAAAAUCUUUGACUAUCGAGGAAUUGCUUAAAGCAGCAAUUUUUAUGUUUUAUACGUUGUUGUGUUUCUUUGGAACCGGAAACAUGGCAAGCAUCAGUUCAUUCGAUCCUUCUUGGACUCGACAUUUCGUGACGGUUUUCUCACCGUUUACAAUGUUUCUGUUGAUACUUUUCAAGAUCAGCAUACCAUUGAUGCUGAUCGGAUGCACAGGUCAUACCCUUGGAACCACAAAUAUUUUCUUGGGGGUGCUUCUGUUAGGAGAUUGUUUAUCGUUACCUCUAAUGUAUUACGUUACUCCCGAAGGAAGUUGGCUAGAUAUCGGCAGUGCUAUAAGCAGAUUCACGAUCGCUAUGUCUCUUCCGUGUCUCAUAGUAUUAUUGCAUUUUCUUUCAUAUCCUCUCGUCACAUUUUCACCGAACAAAUUCAAAUUUUACGUCAAUUUGCAGAAAAAACAUAUUGUAUAAACCGACUGAUUUAUGAGUGUAUCUGUUAAGAAUAGCAAAUACAAUAAUCUUCUUUACGUGACGUAA